AUGGAAAACUCCGUAAUGAACCGAGGAUUAGUUUCUCGGAACCUUGAUCAGUUUUCUGAGAAGGAAGUUCAAUCUAGUGAUGUAUUUGUCCAAGCGGCCGAAGUGGAUCCGCAGGAAGCCCUUAAGUGCCAAUCUGUUCAAAGUAUCAAGCAUCGUGGCGACGAUUUAAACCAAGAUGCCAACAAAAUUAACGUAGUCGACCGGGAUGUAACAAUAGCUUUGGAAAAAAAUGUGAUGAAGCAUCUUACGGAAUCUCUUGAUGCUGACACUGGCUGUCGUGGUGACGAAAGUUCAAUUGAAAAGCACAACCAGAACUUGCAAAGAAUUGUAGAUACUCUGAUGAAACGGGAGCCAGAUAUGCGAAGUCUGUGUUGGCGUCACGCUGCGGGUGAUGGAGGUAAAGGUGCUCAGGAUUCGACGGGAUUCCGUGUAGCUGAGAAACGCGAUGUCCGCGUCAUGGGAAUUGCCUGCAGUCCCCAGUACGCACUCUGUGCUGUCGAGAAAAUUGGAUUCAGAGCAAUUUCAUUCGACGGUGACUCCAAUUUUGAAGGUCAGAACAGAGAAGAGCCGUUCAUUCACUUGAGAAGCCUGUUGCCAAGCCGUAAGAAUCGUAACAUGGUACAUGCUAUUCCUGGUGAACCUGGCGCUCUUCAGGAUGCGUUCAAAUCAUCUGACAGUGUUCAUUGUAACAUUCGUGGAUUUUCGUACGCGUGCUCAAAUCGUGAUUGUCCAUGUCAAAUUCAUGAAUCGUACGCCAGGGUUGACGCCAUUGAGCUAAGUGUGGGCAUUUCCGAUAUUUACGAUGAUAUCGCCACCGAGCUGAUUAACCGGAGGAAGGUUAAUGCUUGUAGUAACAUACGCUCUGUAAUUUUAGAAGAUAACGAUGUCCCAGACUUGAAUCGAUUCUGUGAAAAUCGUGGAUUAUUGGACCCUGUGCCCGAAGUCUGCUGCUCUGAUCAGGUUGUCCCGCCCAGCAAAGUGAAAGAUUUGGAGUCCAAACGAAGCGCGCCGUUGCCUGAAGAAGAUCAGGUGGUUCCUGACGACGUGGAUUAAGCUUUAUUUUACCUCGUUAUUCCGGCGACUAACCGCGUGAGAUAGAAAUUGCUCGAUCAGUGGAAUUCUCGUGAACUUACGAGAGAAAUCAGGAUUGCUGAAGACGCUUUGUAGGUGGAUGCACUGUUCUAACUCUCUCAAGUCGAGAAGCCAUUUAUUUUUUCUUCAUGAAUGUGAUUCGUGUUCGCUCUUGACGUACAUUCGAUUAGCUGUUGAAUAUUCCCACGGCAUACGUUGAGCUUCAUGGGCGUAGUCUGUGUCUUAGAGGAACUUCGUGUUGACGUUAGCGCCUUUCGAUGUGCUGUGUUGAAUGUGUGACGUCGGAAGCAUGUGUAAACUCUACAUACUGUUUCACGUUCCCGAUUCUCUCCCCAUCCCAGGAUCGCACGCUGAGAUAUGUUUGGUGUGAUUCAGAUGUAUAUCGCCUAUUUAUUUAUUAAUGCCAUGUAAUCUUCAAGUUUUGUGGCAGUUUGUUUUGACUGUGUUCGUGAGGGCAUCUGGCUGUGUGAAAGCUUCUUCCCGUUCCCCCGAUGAAUUGACUAGUUAAGCGAGUUUGGUGUCUUGUGCAGUCAACUUGAAUGUUAGGCUGUAUCGUUGAUUACGGCAAGAUCUCAGUGGUUUCGUUUUCAGACUUGGAAGUUUGGUUCUGUUUUGCCGUUGGUUGCUCAAAGCGACUUGAGUUCACAUAUUAUUCAAACUUCACGGGGCCACAUAGUUUUUCUUUCGAUAUCUUGAAGCUAUGACGGAUGCGUCAAGGUUUGCGCAUAACUUUUCAGAGCUUGUAAUUGUUUUCCUAUGGUUCCCAUUCAGUUGCGGUGAUUUUUGAAAUAGCUUUUUUCUAGCGUUGGGAAUAUGUUCUGAAAUUCCGGAAUAAACAGCUUUUAAUCUUUGUGAAUGAACGGGAAAUGAUCAAUUGUAAAAUCCACCGUAUCCUUCUGGGUCAUAAGCAGAAAAGGUGGAUCUGCUGAUAAAUUUCCAAGACACGAUCUGUGUUCUAAGUCAAAAUGGUUGUGGGUAAACCAUUUUUAAAACUGUUCGAGGGAUGCGCGCGAAUGCACCGAGGCUACCUCAAAACAAAUGCAAGCAGAGUUGAAAACUUUUGAGCCAACCUUGACGUUUCUGCGUCGGGCAUAUCAGUCGCAGAAAAGAGACUAUUGGGCGUAAGCGAGAUUUCUGUUUCCUUUUUAGAGUACCCCGGCGCAAUCUUGUAUUUGGAAUUACGUGGUUCGUGGAAAAUGUGUGAUAUUUCUUGUUGUUAGACGUGAUGCCUGCGUAUUCCUCGCAUGCAUUCAUUUUCUCUGGGUAAUGCAGGAAUUCCUUCGAGGAAACGAUAAUUGAAGUACCUGGGGUUCUGAUUGUGCUGAUAGGUCUGAUGACUGAAGCCACGUGCCCAAGAAUCCAAUCAGAUCUCUAAUAGUUUGAUCGGUUCCACGUCAAUCCUGUUGACGGAGUCAAAGAUUUGCUUUAUGGCUUCUGCGGUGGCGCGAGCGCUUUGCGGUACGAUUUACCCGAUUGCUGAAGCACUUGCUUCGGACGACUACCGUUCCAUGCUUCCGGAUGACUUUUUGUUGUGGAGGGAGAAAUAAAACCUUAGCGCCGCAUA